UCAAUUUAUUUAGACAGAAAAUAAGAAACUUUUAUUGUAAGACAGCAGCAGCAGCAGAUUAUAUUAUUAUUUCAUUUGAUAUAAUGAGAAUCCAUCAACAUUUACUAACAUUAUAAAUGAACUUCAGGGGAAUAAAUGCAUGAUUUGAGCACUUAAAUGCAGGGUGGUGAGAGUCUUCAUCUCAUCUCUGUUGUGUUCGUCUGCUGUGGUCUAGUCUUCACCACCAGGAACUCAGCUCUCGCUCCGUGGACAAAUACACAAAUAAUAUGCAAAUGAAGUGACGGAAGAGAGCAGAUAUAAUCAUCACAGAGUUUGAAGCUGAAGACAGAAACGUCAGGCUCAGAACAGAAACACACGACAACUAAAAAAUGGAGCAAACUCUAGAUUUCAUUCUUCUUCUCGUUGCUCUCUGCUCCGUAUCUGAAUGUGUUCAGCGUCAGUAUCACUUUAUAAAUGUGAAGAAGACCUGGACUGAAGCUCAGAGAUACUGCAGAGAGAAAUACACAGAUCUGGCCACCGCUGACAACAUGAACGACAUGAACGAGCUGAUGAAGAGUGUGAUUAAUGAACGUUUCUGGAUUGGGCUGCAGAAGACGGGUCGUAAUCAAUGGCAGUGGUCUUCAGGUGAACCUGUUCUCUAUUUGAACUGGGCAUCUGGACAACCUGAUGGCAGUGAUGAGUGCGCUGGGAUGAGAAAUGGAGAUUGGCAUGAUUUAAGAUGUAGUGAUACCUGGCAAUUCAUCUGCAACAACAAUGCCAGCACUGGCGCACAACACUCGCCAGGGCGUCGACUUUCACUGAACACAGGACUAGUCUUUAUCAAUCAGAAGAAAAACUGGAGAGACGCUCAGAGUUACUGCAGACAGAAACACACUGAUCUGGUCAGUGUGAGAAACCAGGAUGAGAAUGAGAAGGUUAAGAAGUUCAUUAGUGAUAAUAACUCAUCUGGAUCAGAUGUCUGGAUCGGUCUGUUCAGAGACUCAUGGCAGUGGUCAGAUCAGAGUAACUCUUCAUUCAGAUACUGGAUGUCUGACGAACCUAAUAAUGUUGGAGGUGAUGAAAACUGUACAGCUGUUGAAAAGAGCGCUCAGGGACAAUGGAUUGACAUCUCUUGUAACAAAGAAUAUCCUUUUGUGUGUCAUGAAGAUAAACUGAUUGUGAUCAGAGAGAAUCUGACGUGGUCUGAAGCUCUGAGAUACUGCAGACAGAAUCAUGUGGAUCUGGUCUCGGUUCAUUCACAAGAGAUUCAGCGUCGUGUGAUGAACGUGGUACACCUGGCGUCUACUGCGGAGCUGUGGUUGGGUUUACGUCACUCCUGCACUGUGGGCGUCUGGUUCUGGGUGAGUGGAGAGACCGUGUGCUAUCAGAACUGGGCUCCAGGGAACGGCACAUCAGAGGAGGACUGUGAACACACAGUGAGAUCUGGAGCAGUUCAGUCUGGAGGAGAUCAGCGCUGGAUCAGCCGUCCUGAAACUGACAAACUCAACUUCAUCUGCAGCAGAUAUUAAGAGUGAAAGGAAACACAAACCUUCAUGUGAGAAAACAAGUGAUUGUGUGUUCACUUCCUUUAAAUUCAUCUUCACUCAUCACUUUGUUAAAUAAUUAUUUACAUAAUAAUUUAAGUUUCAGCAGAAGGAAGAAGGAGGAAAGAGGUGUGCUCUUCUGUGUACAUAUCAGUAUAUAUAUAUAUAUAAGUUUCUCUCUAUGUGUGUUGCAGUGGUUUCAGCAUGUGUUUUUGAAUUGAAACAACAGUUCAUUCAACUUUCAGUAUAGUUGAGGUCCAAUAGACUUAAAUGUUCUUGCUGUCUGGACAGUUUAUCAAAUGUAAAAAUGUGGU